GGGCGUGUCCUGCCUAGAACCUUGUGGAGUCAUAACACUACCCGACGGUUUCCUUUAUCUUUCAACGAUUUAUUUUAGCAAUAACAGUAACCACAAGAACAGAGAAUUGUCCCACGAGCAUUGGAUUGUAACAUCUCGUAAAAUAUAACAAGUAAUAGUGUUCAAAGCUGGUUCACAACUAUUUGAAUAGAGAUUUUCCCAGGUUGUUACGUCGCUUGUUAUUGCUUGUCUUCCCUAGCUAGGAGCUAGCUUAAGUUACUUGCAGCACAGUGGUGGUUUGAAAUUUACUUAUUUAUUAUUGGGGUUUUUUUGACAAAUUGGUCUGAAACCUUUGAAGUCUGAUAGAGUUAUAUAACCAACUGAUGAUCCCGACACAACUUCGAGAUUAUUUAUGACCGGUGCUCUAACAUAUCAACAACAAAGCAUUUUGAUGAUGGCAUCCUUUGAUGUGGCUGGUAAAGAUGCUCUGGCUUGCACAUCCAGUCAGCGAGACGAUCAACCAAAAUCCCAAAACACCUCGCUGAAGAGGAAAACCACUAAGCCUAAAACCCGAAAGGUGAAAAAGGCCCGCGUUAACAGUGUCAACUACACAGUUCACGAGGGAGAAGACAUGCUGCUCGUCAUACCCCACAGCACUUCAGGAUACGACGGCUCCGACUGGGUCCCCAAGAAGAAAAAGAGAGGCACGAAAAAGGUUACUACAAAAGGAACUGGGAAAAGAAGUACUUCCGUGAAGAAGCGCAAACCUACUAUUCGUACAUCAGCUGUCAAGCAAAAAGAGCAGGAGUUGCUAACACCUUCAUUUGUGUCAACGGAACCAAACGACCACAGAUGGGGGCAAAAUCUUCCCGAGGAGAUUCUGGUCAAUAUUUUUAAAAUGGUGGUUUUGCAAGAUGGUGCCGUGCCUUUUCUCUGCAGGAUGGCAAGAGUGUGCCGCUUGUGGAAUGCCGCUGCCGCCACUCCUUCCCUAUGGCGGAGAGUCUCUGUCGGUCACUGCUUGAUUGCACCAGCCAAAAGUCAGCUGCCAGCAACGCAGAAUCGAAUUAAAGACACAAUCAACUGGCUGGCACAGAACAGAUUUUCCCAGUUGCGCGAUUUCUCCCUCCAUCACUGGAAAACAAAUGUGGACUACGCAGUGGAUGUGGUGUCGCAGUUCUGCCCUCAAUUGAACACCCUCAAGCUCUCCUACUGUACUGGCCUGACGGAGGCGACAUUCCAGAGCCUGGGUCAGCACAGUCACCUGCUGCGAAACCUAAAUGUACUGUACACAGAAGCAGAAGGUCUUCCCAAUUAUCUUGAUAGUCACGGUGCUCAGAUGCAGCAACUUUGGUUCACUCAUGGACAGAAGACCCACAGAAUCCUCACCGCCAUCUUGAAAAGCUGUCCCAAUUUAGAGUUGCUGGAGAUAAACACAAUGCUGGACCGUAAAAUAGGUGAAGUUCGCAUUUGCGUCCAAGCGCUACAAAAGGCUUGCCCCAAACUUAAGACAUUCCGGAUGCUGAAUGUCAGCCCAAUGCACAAGAAUAUGCAGGUAUGGGACUCUCCCGGGUCCCAGACGGGUUUCCCUCUCCUGGAGGAGCUGUGCAUCGCAACCGCGUCGCACUCCUACAUGAAUGACAAACACCUGCAAGACAUACUCUUCGAUUCUCCCCAUUUGCGAGUGUUGGACCUGCGUGGUUGCUCAGCAGUCACAUCGGCUUGUUUGGUGGCAUUACCCUGUCUUGAUCUGGAGUGCCUUUUCUGGGGUCAACAUUUCAACAGUGAUAUGGUCACAUUUCGCCAGAACCGAGGCAUUGACUCUGUGACGCAGAAGUGGAAGCACACGCUCCGGCAGCUUGACUUGGCCAAUCAGCUUUUCUCUGAGGCGGAGCUGGAGGUAGCCAUGGGCCACCUAGCGCAAGCCAACAGCGCCGACACUCUGCGUUCACUCAACCUGAGUGGGACCAGGAUCACGCCAGCUGCCUUGAGACCUCUCAUUGGCCAGACGACAGCACUUGACUACCUCAACCUGUCCUCGUGUCGGUAUCUUCCCAGAGGGCUGAAAAGGAUAUAUCGCGGACAAGAGGACAUUCGGCAGUUGCUGGAUAAAUUGGAGUAGAGAUCAAACUGUGAGCCAUGGUUGCCUCAAUAUUAUUCAUAUAAAACUUUUGUAACUCGCGGGUCAUAUCAAACUUUUGUACUUGCUGCGUGAUCUGCCACUCAGCUAGUUUAUUGAUUGGAAAUAAAUUAAUAUGAUUCCUAAUUGUGUGUGAGUGGUUCAUUUAAUAUGAUCAGUUAUUUUAGUCAAUUAUCAUGACACAUUUUUGUUGUCUGCGAUGUGCAAUGAAAUGAAAACAGGUAUUAGUAUUCAAUUAUGUUUAUUAGGCCAUGUUAAAUUACAUGAAUAAAAUUAAUGAAAAGGGUUCUUUCAACUUGAGGCAAAACUAAACAUGAUUCAAAAUGCUUUUAUAUAAGUAGGCAUAGCUCAAAAAUUUCCAGGCUUAUGAAAC